CUCUCUCCUUCCGGAUUUCAGAGCAAUAAUAACUGCGCAACAGCCUUACAAUCGGCCAGACUUUGUCAGGCAGAGAACAUUCGUUCAGCUUUUUCUUCUAACAGACAUAAACAUUCUACAGGAGCCGGCAGGAUGUCUGUGACCAUGACCAAGGCCGAUGGGAUCACAGUGUUCACUGUGACCUCUGACCCCCAAAGUGUUUAUCCUCCUCUGUGCCAAAUCCUCAAAAGCCUUUGCUACAGCCCUGUGUGCUGCUCUGUGUCUCAGCACCUGAGAAGUGUCCAGAGAACUUCUCAGUCAGUACUGGGGGCUCUGCACAUUAUGGUUGGGUUGCUCACCAUCGGCCUUGGAACAAUAAUCAUUUGCAGUCUACAUACAUGGUCUAUGGUGGAAUCAACCAGAUUUCCUUUUUGGCUUGGAGGAUUGUUUAUUUUGUUUGGCACCAUUGGCAUUUUGUCUGAGAAGUACCCCAGUCCAUGUCUGGUCAUCGUCAAUGUGAUCCUGAAUCUAGCAGGAGUUGGUUUUGCCAUUACAGCCAUCGUACUGUCCAUCAUAGAUAUGGCAAGCCUUUACAUGUGGUGGACGUGUAGAAAUUACGACAAUAAUUACUAUUUAGGCUACAGAAGACAGACUACAACUCCUACUCCUGAGCAGGACAUCAUGAGGGAGAAAUGCUUGGAGGGCAAAGAACUGUUUCUGAUGCUUUUGAGAAGCAUUUAUGCUGUGCUGAUUGUCCUGUCAGCCCUGGAGCUCUGCCUCACCAUCAGCUCUGCCGUCAUUGCGAUCAAGGCUCUAAAGAGCAGUGAGAAGGGAGAAAAGGAGAAGACUGGUGACCCAGAACUCUACAAACCACUGCUGGAGGAAGUCACCUGUAACCCCACAGUCUGAAUGAAAAUAUCUGCUUUGUGCUCUGAGUUACCAGGUAUAAUCCUGUGCAUUCAUACCAUUGACUGUAUAUCUAUGUAAUGUCAAUGAUUUAGUCAAAUUCAGGGGGUAUGCUUAAAAAUCCUGCAUUUAUAUUUUGAUGAGUAUGAUUUUCUAUUGAAUAAUGUGCCUUACGGUCAGCUUGUUUAGGUAAAAGAAAGGUUCAUUAAUGUGAGUGUGUAACAUUGACGGAUAGAUACGGUUUUUGUUUGCUAUUUUACAAUAUUAAGUAAAAAAAAAAAAAGUCAUCAAAACUGUUGACUGUAAUGCAAAUGUUUUGUUGUUUGUGCUUCUGCUGUGUACUUUAUAGAAACCUUAAAUAUUUUCAUGAUGAGUAUGAUUUUCUAUCGAAUAAUGCACCUUAAGGCUCUGACUCACCAACCCGACGGCCGACCAUCAGCAGAAAAGUCAGUCGGACUGACUGCCUCCCCGAGUUGGUCAAAAAAGUGCUUUGGAACACACCGAAGCGACGCCGACUUGAGAGUACGUUCUGCGCGUGCGAGAGACGUAAUACGUCUCCACUACAGCAGGCGGCGCAAAUCUGUAUUGUCACCCAAAAAAUGAAAACCGGCAGCUGAUUGGACAAACACGUCACGUCGGUCUGGCUGCUCCCGGGUUUUACAACCGGGCAUAAUGGCGGCUUCGUUCGGAAUACAAUCUCAUAUUUUACGAAGAUAGUCCACCAAAACAUGUUUCUGAAAACAUUUUAAGCGAAGAGUAGGCUAUGCAGUUGCUGAAUCUGUCUUCAUUUCAAACUGACCUUUGUUGAUCAACAAAGCUCGAGUCACUGACCUCGCCAGGCUGUCAGACGGCCGAAAAUCAGCUUGGUGUAUCAGGGCCAUUACGGUCAGCUCGUUUAGGUAAAAGGGAGGUUCAUUAAUGUGAGUGUGUGACAUUGAUGGACAGGUAUGUUUUUUGUUUGCUAUUUUACAAUAUUAAGUCAUGUUAAAAAAAAAAAGUCAUCAAAACUGUUGACUGUUCAAAUGUUUUGUUUGUGCUUCUGCUGUGUACUCUAUAAUAAACCUUAAAGCCUGACACGAAAAUGUAAUCAGUUUAAUAACUAGUUGUGCUCUUUGUGUACAAAUAAUAAACCGUAAGUAUUAAAGUGCUCAUAUAAUGCU